ACUAAUGGGCGAGACCAGUAUAAGGUAUAAAUUGGCCUGUGGUCUUGGCUUCAGUCUUCACUGGCUCUCUCCUUCUUUCCUGCCCUGGUUAAUCACGUGCUAUUCCUGCAAAAUGAAGGCGAUGGCACUAGGGCUGCUUUCUCUCUCUCUCCUCAUGGCUGCAUUUGAAGUGAAAUCAGAAGGAAGCUCUGUUAAACUCUGUGGGAGAGACUUUGUCAGAGCGGUCGUCUUUACUUGUGGAGGAUCUCGUUGGAGAAGACAACUGACUGAUUUCCCAGAAAAUCUCAGAGGUGCUGAAGAAAAGUACAUUGAGAACCCAGAUGCCCAAAGCAAAGAAUUCAUCCAGUCCAUCUCUGAGACUGAAAGAGAUCUGCGAGGCAAGGAACGUAAAUCUAUACAGAAAAGGCAUGAGGAUGUCGUGAGACUCACAGUGUCUUGCUGUACUGUCGGCUGCAGUGAAAGCAGUAUAGGUUCACUGUGCUGA